CACACACACGGCAUACCGAUACCUCCUCGCUUACUGAGUGCUACACGAGCUCACACGAAAUUCUAAAUACAUUUGCAACCUAAAGAGAUCAAUACCUACUUCGAUCGACCUCAUAUACAACAACAUCCCAAGAACAGACCCAAAUACACCUACACUAUGGGAACGACCUCAGUCCGCCGCAACCUCUUCAACAGCAACCUUAGCAAACGCGCCAUAUCAUCCGUUCCUCCUAUGCAAGGUGCCAGUAACAACACCUUCAAUUUACAAUCUUCUUCUCAUCCCAGCUCCUCAGAAACGAAUCCAUCGUCAUCGAGUAACACCAGGCCCACUGAUAGUGACGAAAUCGUGGUCAAGGACAAGAAUGGCAGCUAUAAACUCGAUAUACCCGUGCUCCCUAUGAUCGUGGGCGAAGAUGGGGAGGAGAUUGAAGGUUUUGAUGAGGGGCACAAUGGCGGAGGGCCGGGUUCUGCUGUCGAUUCAACAGGGGAGACCGAACUUGGAGGACGCGAGAAAGAGAGUAUGUUACUGGAUGGAUCGAUCUCUUUGCUUUUUUACGCCGAAGCUUAUGACGAUAUGACUGACAUGGCUCCGGUUAGGGAUUGAGGCUAGUUUGAUAGAGAUGAUGUGCCGCAAUCGGAAUAGGCAUAUGAGCAGUGACCCAGCUGGUACAUUUACAUAUCUUUGCUCCCUACGUGCCGACAUUUGCUUACUUCAUCAGAAAUAUACAACCUAGUCCAG